AUAAAGAAAUUUUGGAAUUUGUUUGGAAAAUCAAAUGUUGCGAUAGGGGCCAAUGAAAACUUAGCAACAUUCAUAUUAUGUAUGUACAUCGGAGCGACUAUUAAUCUUGUCUUAUAAUGUUAAGAAACCUGUUUUUUUUAUUUAUUAAUUUCCAUUAUGUAUUUAUGUAUGUAUGUACUGACGAGUUAGUUCUUAAUGUUGCACAUAGUAGUUGAUACUUUUCUAAGCAAACUAUUGCAACGAAAUCACUUGAGGGUCAUUUUAGUGUGUCAUAAAAUAUUUUAUGCUUAUUAAAAAACAUAAAACCAUAAAGUUUUAUCAAAUCUAAUAUAAAACUAAUGCUGCUCAACAUAUUUGGGCCUGGAUAAACCGGCUCAAAUGCGGAAAACUCAAUUACUUAAUUGCGCUGCAAAUAUACAAAUAGAAAUCAUUGGUAUGUACUAUACAUUUCUGUUCACAAACUAGUUUAUUUUUUUCUUUUAAGUGUAUGAACGGCUUAAAUUGACAAAACCUUUUAAAUUGCGAAAAAUAGCUAUGUUUUCAGUUAUCUGGAUUAUUUUACUAAGUUUUAAAUUGAGUAACGCCCUAGACAAUGGUCUGGCCAAGACUCCACCGAUGGGAUGGCUCUCAUGGGAGAGAUUUCGCUGCAAUACUGAUUGUGUAAACGAUCCCGAUAAUUGUAUAAGCGAACAGCUUUUUCAAACUAUGACUGAUAUAGUCGUGGCUGAUGGCUAUGCAUCUGUUGGAUACGAAUACAUUAAUAUUGACGACUGUUGGCUAGAAAAACAUCGAAGCCAUGAUGGCAAAUUAGUGGCUGAUCGGAAAAGGUUUCCUAGUGGAAUGAAAGCCCUAUCAGAUUAUGUCCAUUCGAGAGGCUUGAAAUUUGGAAUUUAUGAAGACUAUGGAAACUAUACAUGUGCGGGCUAUCCUGGUAUUAUUGGUUAUGAAGAGAAGGAUGCCCUUCUAUUUGCCGAAUGGAACGUGGACUACGUCAAACUAGAUGGAUGCUAUGCUCUGCCCUAUGACAUGGAUCAGGGCUAUUCGAAUUUCGGAAGGCUUUUGAAUAGUACUGGAAAGUCAAUGGUGUACUCAUGCAGCUGGCCAGUUUAUCAAAUAUACGCCGGAAUUCAGCCAAACUAUUCCGCCAUCCAAUCUCAUUGCAACUUGUGGAGAAAUUACGAUGAUAUUCAGGACUCUUGGGCAUCUGUAGAAAAUAUAAUCGAUUAUUAUGGAAACAAUCAAGAUCUGAUAGCGCCCAAUGCGGGACCUGGACAUUGGAAUGAUCCCGACAUGUUGAUUAUUGGUAACUUUGGUUUAAGUUACGAGCAAGCAAAGACUCAAUUCGCAAUUUGGUCAAUACUGGCGGCUCCACUCCUAAUGUCUGUGGACCUGAGAACGAUAAGGCCACAAUUUAAGCAUAUUUUGCAAAAUCGUAAAAUAAUUGCGGUGGACCAGGAUCCACUUGGAAUACAGGGAAGGCGAAUUUACAAGCACAAGGGGAUUGAGAUCUGGUCCAGGCCUAUUAGUCCCCUCUAUCAAAACUUUUAUUCCUAUGCUAUAGCUUUUGUAAACAGAAGAACUGACGGCACUCCGUCUGAUAUUUCAGUUACUUUAAAGGAACUAGGCCUAAUAAACUUCACUGGAUAUAGAGUAGAGGACCUUUACGAGAAUGUUGAUUAUGGCGUUUUAUAUCCCAACACUAAAAUUAAAGUUAAAGUUAAUCCCUCCGGAGUAGUUAUGCUGAAGGGGGAAGUCCAAUUCCCCGCCGACUUGUAAUUUACUUGGUUAAAUGAACUUGCCCAAACUUUAUUAUUAACAGUACUUGGACUUAUUUUAAUAAUAAAUUUUUAACUAAGCCCAUUGGGGAUAAUCAUUAAAAUACUUUA